GAGGAUUUUAAUAUUGUCUUAAGAGUCAACAAGGAAAGGGAUUGGCUUUAGUUUGGGUUUAGAUUGGGUUUUAAUUCAGGGGAUAUGUAGAACAGGUCUUGAUCACAAAGCAGAGAGUAGAAAGUGUCAGCGAUGAGAUGAAUGUGUAUCGAGGAAGGGGUGCAAGAAGAGGGAAUAGGAAAAAUGUAAAAGGGGAGUAUAUGUAGUAGACUCAUAACACAGGAAUAUAAAGAAAUUUGUGUAACAGAGAUAGUAUGUAUUGGGGAAGGUCAGAUAGGGUAUGUUAGAGCCAGGUGUUUGUCAGGCAAGUGGUAUGUUUGUAUAAAGAUAGGAUGCAUGUGGGAGGUGGACCCCAGAUGAAAGGACUUGUGGGGGGAGUAUGUAUUUGAAUAUGGAUCUAUUAGGGAUGGGACUGCAAAUGAAUAUGGAGUGUGUCCUUGGGAGUCCCUAGGAUGAUAUGUGUAGAUGGAACUUAGGUAAGGUAGGGGGUUUGUUAGGGGGAAAAGUAGUUUAUCUGGACAUAGGUGUUUCAAAGAUGGGUUGUGGAAAUGUACUCUAGGUAAGGGUGUGUGCAUAUAUCUAUGAGUUUAUUUGGAUAUAGGGCUAUCUGCCAAAGGGGUGUGUGUGUGUGUGGGUGUGGGUGUGGGUGUGUGUGGACUCCACUAGAGCAGAGGGUGGGGGUGUCGGACUGAAGAGUUUGAACAUGGGGAGGGGCGGAUUCCCCGUGGGAAAGUAUGAGUUUGAUCAGGUGGGGAUAAGGUGAAUGGAGAAGGGAAGCCCCGUAGGAGAGUGUGUUGGGGGACAUUAGAGAGGGAAUUAUAAGGGGAAGAGGGUGUGGAGGGGUGGGUAAGGGGGGAGGGGAUAGACUCCGGGGCAGAGGGUGCGUGCACUGAACUGGAUGGGGUGCUAGUGUGAGGGGGAACUGGGGGGGGGGGUGUUCAGGUCCGUGGCAGCAGCGCCUCGGGGGCGCCCCCUGUCGCCCGCGGGCCCUGCCUUCGCGCCCCGGAGCCUACUGUCCGCCGCCGGUCUGCCUUCUGCUGCCGCAGCUACCGUCUUUGUCCUCCCGGCUGCCGCCGCCGCCGCCGCCCCCCCACAAUGCUAGUUUAGCCCCGAGCCCUCGGCGGCGACGGCGGCGGCGGCUCCAAGAUGGCGCAGACAAUCUUCGAGGCGCUAGAAGGAAUAGAUAACCAGACUGUCCUGGCAGUUCAGUCACUGUGGGAUGGACAAGGGACAGUUCCUGACCCAACUACUCAAAGUGUCAACACUCCUACCACCAUCCAAUCCUUAGAUGAUGAAGAUGUCUUUCUCUGUGGGAAGUGUAAAAAGCAAUUCAACUCAUUACCAGCAUUCAUGACCCACAAGCGGGAGCAGUGUCAGGGGAGCGCCCCUGCACUGGCUGCUGUCUCCCUGGCCACCAAUAGCAUCUAUGCGCCCUCCGUCACAUCUGUGCAACAGGCUCCGCCAGCCAAUCGCCAGCAGAUCUCUACAUAUAUCACAGUGCCCCCAUCUCCUCUGAUCCAGACUCUGGUACAAGGGAACAUUUUGGUGAGUGAUGAAGUGCUGAUGUCAGCCAUGUCAGCCUUCACAUCACUGGAUCAGCCAAUGCCCCCUGUACAGUCCCCUGUGCAGCCUCCCGUGCAGAGCAGCCUGAGUAUGCACUCAGGUCCUGGUUACCUCCCUCAGCCUCCACCCCCUCCCCCACCCCCUCCGCCAUUGGCCCCUCCUCCUCCCCCGCACCCCCCGCCCCCGCCCCCGCCUCCUCCACAGAACCUCGGGGCUCCAGGACGUCCCAGCACGGGGAGCAAUGGAGUAGUAGAGGUUUACAACGCCCCUGCCCCCCUGGCAGGAAGCAACGUGGUGGAGAUACAGGCUCUGGGCAUGCAGCCCUACCCUGCCAUGGAGGUUCCAAACCAGUGUGUGGAGAAUUCUGUGUACCCCAGUCCCCCUGUAUAUAGCCCUGGGAAACAGGGCUUCAAACCCAAAGGACCGACCCCACCUGACCCCUUGACCAACACCACCAGUGGUAAUGUGGCUGCUUUCAAUUCCCCUUCCACAUUGAAGACCCGGCGUCCCAAAAGUGAUGGUGGACUCCAAGAAGGGAAACCCAAGUGCCAGAAACUCAAGUGUACCUACUGCAACAAAACCUUCACCAAGAACUUUGACCUGCAGCAGCACAUCCGAAGUCACACAGGGGAGAAACCCUUCCAGUGCAUUGUCUGUGGCCGGGCCUUUGCACAGAAGUCAAAUGUCAAGAAGCACAUGCAGACCCACAAAGUGUGGCCACCAGGGCAUGGGGGCACCAUCUCUCGAAACUCAGUGACGGUCCAGGUUAUGGCCCUGAACCCCACCCAGCAAGAGAAUGAAGAAGACUCAGGGAUCAGCCAGCCCCCCAGGAGCGUGCCCCAGCCUCAGGUCUUGGCUUCCGCUGAGGAAAGUGAGGCAGGGAAACUGGACGCCAAGCAGGUGGUCCUCAUUGACAGCUCUUACCAGUGUCAGUUCUGUCCAAACAAGUUCAGUACCUACUUCCAGCUCAAGUCACACAUGACCCAGCAUAAGAAUGAGCAGGUGUAUAAGUGUGUCGUGAAGAGCUGUGCCCAGACGUUCCAGAAGCUAGACAUGUUCCUGGAGCACAUCAAGAGCCACCAGGAGGAACUGAGCUACCGGUGUCACCUGUGCAGCAAGGACUUCCCCUCCCUGUAUGAGCUGGGUGUGCACCAGUACUCCCACAGCCUCCUGCCUCAGCACAGCCCUAAGAAGGAUGUCACAGUCUACAAGUGUGUCAAAUGUGUCAAUAAAUACUCUACCCCCGAAGCUCUGGAGCACCAUCUCCAGACAGCAACUCACAACUUCCCCUGUCCACACUGCCAGAAGGUGUUCCCCUGUGAGCGGUAUCUUCGACGUCAUCUGCCCACCCAUGGCAGUGGGGGCAAGUUUAAGUGCCAGAUAUGUAAGAAGUUCUUCCGGAGGGAGCACUACCUCAAGCUGCAUGCCCACAUCCAUUCUGGUGAAAAGCCCUUUAAAUGCUCUUUAUGCGACUCGGCCUUUAAUCGGAAGGAUAAGUUGAAGCGACAUAUGUUGAUCCACGAGCCAACCAAGAAAUAUACAUGCCCGUUCUCGACGCACACAGGCUGCAGUAAGGAGUUCAAUCGGCCAGACAAGUUGAAGGCUCAUAUCCUUUCCCAUUCGGGGAUGAAGAUCCACAACUGCCAGUUCUGUAGCAAGUGCUUUAGCCGCCGGGCCCAUCUUGUGGAACAUCAGCGCUCCCAUACUGACAACUACAAGUACCGCUGCUCCAGCUGCGGCAAGGGCUUCACACGUAACAAGUACUUGAAGGAGCACCGGUGCAGGCUGGGCCCACUCAAGGACAAAGACCCCCAGGCUUGCCGACCCCAGAAGCAGCGGGGGACUCGGGGUCGCAAGGCCUCCCCGCCUGACCCAUUGGGCCUGGAAGAACUCAAGGGCAGUACUGAGGGGGCUGAGGGGGCUGGCUCUAGCAAAGACCCCUUCCCAGAGUCAGAUGCGGUUCUCUCCAUUGUGGUGGGAAGCUCAGUGGGUGAGCCCGAGCUGGUGGUGCCAGGGCACACAGAUGGCAUGGGCCCAAACCUGACCCUGGCAGGACUGCAGUCUGCAGCUGAGGGCCCCUGUGCCAUGCUGGCCGUCCCUGUGUAUAUUCAGACCACCGAGUGACAAGGAGAAAGUGCUGGCUGAACCUGGGUUUAGUGCGGGGGCUCAGUUCCCCAUCACUGCUGCUGCUGAGUGUCCUGGGCCAUGGGCCCCCUUGUGAGGCACAUAAAGGAGUACUUCUCAGGCUUCUUCCCUGCCCCGAUAGGAGAAGGGGGAGGACAGCAGCUUACUGGGGCCUGUCAAGGCUAUCUAACAUCCCCUUAUGCAAACAGGGUGAAUCCUAGGGAUUGCCUGGGGCCAGCCCAUGCUACUACUCUUGGGUCUGGUCAUGUUCUGGCAGGCUCAGGAGAUGGGACCUGAGAAAUGUGGCACUUGGGUUUGUGAUCCAGUCAGUAUGCCUGGUAUUUGGGCAAAUAGCCUUCAUGAGGGCAGACCAAUGAUCCUUCCUACUGGAAGCAAGUCAACCAUGAAAAUCCUUUUGGAAUGUCAUUUAUAAAUACCUCACAUCCUUUAUGCUGGCUCUUAUAUAGGGAAGUCUUUUGGCUGGCUAGGGUCUAGGAGAGGUUUUAUGAUGCUUUUUUCUCCUGUGACCACAGUUCUCUCAUAAUCUACCAACCUUUGGAGUAGGACAGGUGGAGGUGGGGGCUGAGGAGAUGGGAGAGUUAGAAAGAUGUUAGAAAGCAUGGAUGGAUGGACCCUGAGUCCUGCUGUAGUCUACAGGCCAAUGAUUCAUCUUCCUGUUCCUGAACUCACAUGUUAUAUGGGAUGAAGCAUAAACAUUAAGACAGUCAGGAAGAAGAAACUAUUGUAUAGCCUGCUAUCCUCCUUCUGACCCACCUCUGAGGGAAAUAAGGCAGAAAUCAAGCUAACCCUGAGGCUGGUGGGCAAGGAAAUGGAGGGCACACUUGAGUCACAGUAGCCUGUGAUACCCCUGAGAUCAUAAGCCUCCUCCUCUUGCUCUUCCACCUCCAUCUCUGGCUGUGAGACAGGAAGAAGCUCUAGCUGUAAAAGUGACUUGAUUCCACCAAGAUUUGGUAGCCCUUGUCUUCAGUUAGCCCUGGACUCAAGUGUACUAGAAGGAAUGAGGGAGCAGGCCCAGGAUUCUCUGUGUUGAGGAAGAGGGAAAAGAGGUACUUGAGGAAGAUAGAAUCCAGAGGUUUGGGGGUAAGGUCUCUUAUCUCCUAAUGGAGCCCUUAAAGUCUCCUGCCACAGCCUCCCCCUCCCUUGCCCUGCACUUGGGCUUACAGCUAACUCAGGGUCCCAAGAGCAGCUUUGGCAACUCACAUUUCUGAAUGGAGUAAGGUAAGGGAUUAGUGGUCCUUGUGGAGUGUUCAGUGGAAUAAAUGCAAUUUGAUGAUGGAAAUGCCAACUUCCUUCAAAUGUGAAGGGAAAGACUUAAAGAAUGAAACUCUUGUGUGAUGCAUAGGAUUGGAAAUCUUAAAGAUCAUCUGGUCUGACCCCUCAUUUUUCAGCUGAGGAAAUGGGUACAGAAAGGAUAGGAGUCUAGCCUGGAGUCACACAGAUCAAGUGGUUGGACACAGUUUGACCCCAGGACUUCCGCCUCCAUAUCAUUGUGCCAUGCUGCCUUCCCUUCACAUCCAUCUCAGGCAUGUGAACUUUGGGAGGUAGGGCUGUGAUCUCCUAAGAGUGAGGCCCCAGAGGGCCUAGUGCAGAAUUAGCCCCAGAACGGAGCCACUGGGUGAUGCUGGGCAUCAUCUGGGCUGCUCCUGUUAGAAAGGCAUUUGUCAGCUGAUUUGGAGAUGAGCAAUGAAGAAGUGGGAGGAGUUAAAUAUCAGCCCAUCAUUUAUUAAGUACUUGUUAUUUGCCAGGGACUAUGCAAAAGACACAGUCCUUGUCUUCAAAAAACUUACAUUCUCCUGAGAAGACAAACUUUACAAGACAAGUGAAUACAGGGUGCGUGCUAGAUAAUGAGAGGCAGCCUCCAGAUCUGAGCAGAAAGCUAGAAUUAAGUCUUGCCUUUGGCAUAAAUGGGCUCUGUGACUCUGGAUUAACAUCUCAGCCCCCAAUCUGUCUUUGGUUAGGAAUUGCUUGCCAGAUCUGCAUUGGUAAAUAGUUGGUUACAACAGAGCAAAGACAGAUCCCAGCUUAAGUUCUGCCUCAGGGAUAGAGGAUGCCAAUUACUGGGGGAAUCCCGAAAGCCUUGGGAGCUGAACCUCCAUCUGGGAGCUAGAAGCUCCAAGAGGUGGAGGUAAAGAAGAGAUGACUUGUAAAAACAGGAAUGAAAGUGGAAUGUUUUGGCCAGGGGGCAGAAAGGAGACCUGUCUGGGGAAGCACAGUACAUGUAAGGGGACAUCAUAUAUAAUCAGCCCAGAAAGGUGGAUUUUCUCAGGCUUCAACCCUGCCCCAAUAGGGCAGCUUGUGAGGGUCUAUAAAGGGAAACAGAAUAAUCUAUUUUAUCCCAUAAGCUAAGAAGAGCCAUUGAAGCUUUAGCAGAGGAAUGACAUCAGACUGUGUUUCUGCAACAUAAUUUUGGAACUUGUGUGGAGAAUGGAUGCAAAGAGACCAAAUAAGAAGCUAUUGUAGUAUAGAUAGCUAAUGGGCUAAAGCCCAGAGUCAGAAGACCUGAAUUCAAAUCCAGUCUUACAUACUAGCUCUGUGACUUUUGGGCAAGGAAUAACUUCCUUUUGCCUCAGCUUCCUUGACUGUAAAAUAACACCUUCCAGAGUUGUGAGAAUCAAAUUAACUAAUUUGUAAAACACUUAAAACAGUGCUUGGCACAUAGUUCUGAAAAUGUUAGCUGUAUCUUUAUUGCUAUUAAUGCAGUAAAGAGUAGAUCAUCUACACUAGAGUGGUUAUGGUGUAAAUGGAGGGAUAGAACGGGGAUGGAUAAAAGAGAUGUCGAGGAGGUAGAAAUGACAAAACCUGUCAGCUAAUUGCAUGUGGGAGGUGAGUGAGCAUGAUCAUGAAGGUGGUUGAUAGAUCAAGAGUAUGGCCUUCCCUGUAUGAGCCUGAAGUCAGAUGAAAGCUGAGGGUCAAAUGUUUUGAAGGUCCUCAUUUUAGAGCUGGAAGCACUAUAGAAAUCUAGAACAAUUCUUUCCAGAUGAGGGAUCUGAGAUCUCAAGAGGUCAACUGACCCAGGAUAAUGGCAGGAAUUAGUAUGAAGAGGAAGACUUUGAAGCCAGUACUGAUCUGCUUGGAAAUGAGAGAAGAUGACCUGAAUUCUGGUAAUAGCUCUAGAUAGGGUGGAAUGGCCUUCAGAAGAAGAAGUGUGCCUGAGUGGUAAUAACUGAAGAGUGAGUCUAGAAAUGGCAGAAACAAACAUUACCUUACCUUUGUUGUAUUGUCUACUAGGUUCAGUCUACCAGACUGAAAGUGUCUCCCUUACUGAAGUGGGAGGACAGUUAAGCAGUGCUUUCUGGAGAAGUGGGUGGGACAAAUGUCUAUAUGUAUCAGAAAAUGGAUGAUGAAGUGUAGAAAUAUCUAAACUAAAUAGAAGUCAACAAUAGAAUGGGAAUUUCAAAGAGUACAAUGGAAGGGAUAAACUGGGACUUGGAUAGAGAUGAGAUAUUGGGAAAAUAGUAUCUAGGGAAAGGAUUUUUUUACCUAGGCAGCUGGGACUGAAUCAUAGGGAUAAGGAGAAGAAAGUAUAUUUGUUAGCCAUGGGAAUGGAGUGAGAGAACAUUUAGCUGGGGCUCUCACCAUUUAGGGCCCUUUUGUGGUAAAAGUAAUCCUUGAGUUCUCUCUCAAAUACCAGGAAGGAAGAGAAACUAGGAUUGGUGUCCUAGGCCUCAUUCCUAUUCUGAAGGCAAGAAGAUUGGCAUCUGAUGCUUGUCUUGGAGGUCAGAGGCCUAAUGCCUGAGUAUCAGUAGCCUCUGAGGCAGUAGGUUAGGAUAGAAGAGAGAAAUGGGGGUGCGCAUAGGAGUGAGGAGAGGAGAUUAGGAUGCUUGGGGAAUGGGUGAAAGGUGAAAGAAGGUACCCUAUUCCCCAACCCCUAGUGGGAGCUCACAAAAGCAUUGCUCUUCCUUCCCUGGUGGUGUUGGUCCUACCAGCAGACCUCCUCAGUGUUAACUUCUUCCUUUCUCUAAGUACCACAUUCUCAUCUAAAUGAACCAUUUGGAACAGGUCCAUUUCAAUUUCAAAUGAUAAAAAGUGAAGGUAUAUGAGUGGUUCAAAUCAUCAGUGAGUUCUCUUCUUUGUCAUUUUCUUCUGCUGUCAGAUCAGCAUUUCCAUCUCAGCCCCUGAAAUGGUGCCUUUAUCCAAGUGGGUUUGUUGACCAAGACAAGUAGAUUUAAUUGACAUCAUUAUAGAGAAGCGAAGCAGUUUAUUGGAACAGCUAAGUGGCACAUUGGGCUUUGAGUCAGGAAGAUCUGAGUUCUAAUCCAGCUUCAGACACUAGCUGUGUGAGCCUGGGAAAGUCCCAUUACCCUGUUUCAUUUCCUUGUUUGUAAAAUGAGCUAGAAAAGAAAAUUGCAAAUCAUUCUGUCUUUGCCAUCUAUCCUUGCAAUCUAUCUUUGCCAAGAAAAUCCAAAAUGGGAUUAUUAAGAGUAGGACAUGAGUGAAAAACAAAAAGCUAUUUAUUGCAAGAAGUGGCUUAGGUAAAAUGUUAACUAGAGCCUUACGGAUUCUAGUAUGAAGUUAAGGAAAGUCUUGUGCCUAGUCCUUGAAUAUCAAAUCAACCAACCAACCAAUAAAUAUCUAUUCAGUGCCUUAUAAUGUGCCAAUCACUGUCCUAGGUCCUGAGAAAGCAGAUUAAAAAUGAAACAAUGCUUGCCCUCAAAGAACUUAUGUUUUAUUGUGUGUGUGAAAAGAAAAAAAAUUAUUAAAAUGUUAUUAGAGAGAGGGCACUAACUGGAUAAGGAGUGGAUAUAAAGAGUUUUCCUACCAAAGAUAUUGAUUGUAGUCUUGAAGGAAGUGAAGAAUUCUGAGGGAGCACAUUCCAAGUAUGAUGUGGGAGUCAGUGCAAAAGCAUAAAGACAGGCGAUGUUAUUUUGUGUGUGAGGAACAACCAGAAAGCCAAUUUGAGUAGAUUAUAGUAGAGUUUGGGAAAGGGAAUAAUGUAUGAAGAGGCUGGAAAGCCGGGUUGGGAUCAGAUUGUGAAAGGCUUGAAAAGCCAGAAAGAGGAGUUCGUCUUAGAAGCAAUUCACUGGAGUUUGUUGAGGAUUGGAAUGAUAUGGUCAGAUCUGAACCCAAGGAAAAUUGCUUUGGGAGGAUGGAUUGGAAUGAGAGAUUGGAGGUAGUGGAGAGCACCAUGAGAUGAGGUUAUAGUUCAGGUGAGAGAUGAGCACAUCACCUUGGGUGGUAUUACUGAGAGUGAUGAGAAAGGUCAAAUGGGAAGGGUUGCAGAGAAAUAGCAAGAUUUCCCAGCUUAAAGAGAAUAAGAAGUUAUUAACAUUAAAACUGUGAAAUUAGGAGGCUAGAAAUAUGGUGGAAUAUUUGGUAGAAAUAGAAAAGUUCAAAAGGGUGGGUUUGGGGGAGGACAUGAAUUCUGUUUUAGACAUGCUGAGUUUCAGAUAUUUAUGAUAUGUGCAGUUUGAUAUGUCUAAUAUCCAAGUGUGGGAAUGGAGCUUAGGAAAAAGAUCAGAGCCUAUUUGGAAGUCAUUGGCAUAAAGAUGGUAAUUAACCCAAUAGGAGGUCAUGAAGUGAAAGAAUGUAGAAAGAAAAGAUAAGUGUUGUUUCCAUGGUGUUCUCCAGUGUUGACCAAAAGGUACCUGUGUCACUUCCAUUUACACUGACUUUACUCCGUUCCUUUCUGACAUCCUUGGUCAGGACAGUGAUUUUAGGACCCUGAUAUUUAUAUGGCUCUGAAUAGUUUCCCAAGCACUUUCUUAUUUGUUGGUCCCUUCAAUCACUAGUGUUAUAACAUUAAGUUUUUGUUAUGUGUACCUGUGGUCAGGGUUGGAGAUGCAAAGAUGAAAAUGCUUUCCUUGUCCUCAGAGUACUAGCUUACAGGUUAAUGAAGGAAGGGAAGAAUCAUUGAUAGGACCAAAAGGAGAGGCCCAGAUAAUGUAUUAGAAGCAAAAUUUGGGAAAGAAGUUAUAACACAUUUUCAGGCGUUAAGAGUUGGGAAUGCAAGGAGGCUUCAUGGAGGAGCUGGCAUCACAUUUGAACCUUGAGGGAAGGAAAUUAUUUCAGCGGAUGAAAAUGAUUUUGAGGUUGUCCUAGAUGAGAGAUGGAGGGCAGGAUGAGAUAGGGAAAGACAAACUUUUAAGAUGGGUUAUUAAUUAUCCUCUCCUUUCCCCUAUCUCCCAUUUUAUCAAUAAGGAAAUAGCAACAGAGUCCAAGUAAGUUGUCUACAAUCAACAUUAGAACUGGGCUUUGAACUUAAGCAUUCUUGCCAGAUUUGACUUUUACACCCUCUUGCCUUCUCUAUGUGUAAACACCAGUUUGUCCUCAUGAUGUGAAGACCUAUUACCCUUUUCUAAUAAUCCAGAUGAAGGCAAAUUCUUCCCAGAACCUCUCUUCACCUCCAUGCCCUUGAUUGCAAAUUGAAAGCGAGUGGGGGAAGAGAAUAAAAAAUGUCCUGAAGAGUCUUCCUUGGCUCUCAAUUGCUGUUGCGUGUGUUUUCUGGUAAGAAACAGCUGAUGAGGCUGUACCUUUUCCAAGCCUGUUGGAGAGCAGAAUCCUCCCAGCCUUGGAUUUUGGUCAGCUUUCUUUCACCUCUGUGGACAAGAGAGUGACAAGACCAAAAAUUGGUUCCCUAGAGUUUCAGUAAAUAAAAUAAGUUUCAGGAGGAAAGAGAACUGGUUGAGCCAGUCAGGUGGAAGAAGCGGCUGGGACAGAGCCAAUAGCACCCCCAAGGGCAGCCUGGCUAUUCGAAAAGAUGACUGACACUAAUGGUCCAAGGCCUGGUCCCCAUCUCUGCCCAGUUAGUUAGUAAAUCUAGUGACCUGCUAUAGGAAGAAAUAAUAGAUAAAAUCCUAGGUUUUUAAUAGCUAAAAGAGACAAGGGUAUCAUAUAGUUCUCCACAUCAUAGAGAAAAUAGGCUAAGAAUAGUUGUGACCAAAGUGCAGCUAAUGUGAAAAUUUCAGCUAAUGAGUAGCCAGGAUUUGAAUCUAGGGCUUCAGUCCCCACUAGUCUGCUAUACUUUCUAUUAUACUUAAUAAAGCUGCCUUUUUGACUGACCAAGUCAUUAGGUGGCCAACUCAAGGCAAGUAACACAGGACCUGAGGCAGGAUACUGAGCCUGCGGGACUCUCUCUUAGAAGACCUGAGUUCCAGUGUCCUUGUUGAUUUGAGAAUAAUUUUAGGCAAGUCACUUUCCCUCCUAUUGCCUCAUUUUUUCUGUACAGGGGAUAUAUCAAAAAACCUUCCUUGUUCUGUGUGGCUGGCAGGUGGCAGAAUAAUAAAAAUAUGGAGGUGCUCUAGUAUGUAUAACAAUUUUUAUGGGUAUUUAGGGAAGUCAGAGAUUUGAUAUGGAGCCCAUAGUCAUGUGGUCAGCAGGAUUGAAUCCCUGGGGGCCUUUGAGUGGGAUGUGAAUCUACAGGAUCAUUUUGGUCCCUUGCCAAAACCCUGCUCUUGCUGGCUCAGCUUGCAGAGAUUUUUUCCCUUCUGUAAUUCUCUCCACUUGAAUUCUCAUCUUGUUCUCAGCCCAGUCUUGUGUUAUUUUUAUGUUCCUGAUACAUUUUUACUUCUAACUUCAGUUAUCUUUUCACAUUACAUUACUGUCUACCUUCUGCAAGCCAUAAAUGAAGGGAUAUUAGGGAAUGAGUCUAUGGUUCAGCAUGGUGUAGUGAAGACAGCACAGGCUUUAGAUUUGGGUAUAUAUGUUGGCUUUAUUUUCUAGUGUUUAUGUGACUUUUGGCUUAGGGAUCACUCUUUGGGCUUCAUUUUCCUUAGGUCAAAAGUGACAGAAUUGUACUAAAUGAUGUGUAAGGUUCCUUCUACUUCUGAAUCCAAUGAUAUCAUAAUUUAGUCUGGUCUCCUUCAUAUGGUAGCUAAUCUCUGCUUUUAUCCCCUAUUCCUAGUCCUAACCUUUUUUGGGGAGAAUAUGUUUUUAUACUUCUGUCGGUAAGAAUAAUCAUUCAUGAUUCCUAGAUUCAGAGCAGGAUAGGAUCUUGAAGGCCAGUUAAUGUAGUCCCCUUCUUUUAUAAAUUAAACAACUGGACUCAUAGAGCUUAAGAAGUAUGUCCAUGUUCAUACAGGUGUAUCAGAAGUGGGAUUUGAAUUGAGGUCCUUUUAAUCCAGAGCUAAUCUUUUCAUAUUGCUUCCCUACUUGUGUAUGUCAGUCAGUUAACAAUUAAACACUUGCUAUGUGCUAGAUACUGCUAAGCACUGGGGAUACCAAAAAAAAGGGCAAAAAUGAGAAAACAUUUCAUUUCAAUGAUUAAGUUUUAAGCCAUUUUAAUAAGUUUCCUAAUUGGAUGUUAGGAGCUUUGGGGAGCAACUAGAUGGUACAGUGGAUGGAGUGCCAGGCCUAGAGUCAGAAAGAUCAUUUGCUUGAGUUCAAAUCCAACCUUAGAUAUUUACUAGUUGUGUGAGCCUGGGUAAGUCAUUUCACCCUAUUUGCUUUCAUUUCCUUAUCUGUAAAGUGAGCUAGAGAAAGAAAUGGUAAAUCACUCCAGUAUCAUUGUGACCCCCAGGUGAGGGGAUCACAAAGAGUAGGACAUGACUGAAAAAGGAUCUUUUGAGGCUUUUGCUGCUGGCCCAUAAUAUCCUCUUACUCAGAGAGGUAAAAAACGUAAAGGGCAUAAGAAUUGGCAAUCCUGCAGUGGAAACUGAACCACAGAAUUCUAAUGUGGCCCUAAGCCAAGUACAGCAAUGGUCUGUUGUUGAGAUAAAAGAUCUCAAGUUGUGACAGGUGUUCAGGUAAUGCUGCCUUUAGAUUUCAGCUCUACAAUAGUGGCAGAAUCUCUCUGCCCAGACAUUCUACCCCCUACCCUUCACCCACCUCUAUCCUAGGAUAGAAGAAGGUAGAAACUAGUUGCCUUCAUUUUCUGCUUCACAAACUCCAAAUCCCUGGUCUCUCCUAAAGAGCCACAAACAUUUAUUAUAUUUCCCUUAAUGAUUUUUAAAAAUGCUUUUAUAUAAUAUGAAGAGUCAUUUUUCAGUCUAACUCUGAUCUCACUUAGGGUUUGCUUGGCAGAGAUACUGGAAUGGUUUGCCAUUUCCUUCUCCAGCUCAUUUUAAAGAUGAGGAAACUGAGGCAAAUAGGGUAAAGUGACUGACCCAGGACUACCCAGCUCAUAAGUGUCUGGGACUGAAUUUGAACUUAGGAAGAUAAGUCUUCUUGACUCCAGACCCAGUGCUCUAUCCAUUGCUUCACCUAAGUGCGAGUUCUUUUUUAUGUUAGCCAAGAUGUGGUGAUAUGUUUACAAAUUUCAGGAGUUCUUAAUGUUAGACAUUAAAUUGGGCUGAGGACUCAGGAAGUACUAGUUUGAUGUUUCUCUUUCUGUGACUUCAUCUAUGGCAGGUUAUAGUGGAAAGAACCUUACCUACCUCCUGAGUCCAGGACUCUUUCCUUUGACCCACUGUCUGCUUCUCUCUAAUCAUAAUGGAAUAGCAGGCAAGCUGAAAUUCUGAUUAGUAAAUGGCUUCACAGCACAUUAUUGAUCUCAUUCUAGUCCUGGCUCUGCUACUGACUGUGUGUGACCUUAAACAAAGUCAUUCCUCUUAAAAUUUAGUGAAUAUUUAUUAACAUUCUACUAUGUGCAAGGGGUCACAAAGAGAGAAACAAAAGUCUUUGACCUCAAGGAGUUUACAUUCUACUGAAAGUGAGGUGGUGGGAAGGGGUAGAAGAUACCUGAGUACACAUAUACUUAGCUAACAUAAGUCUACAGAAUGUACCUUUUAGAGGGAGACAACAUUAAGAACUAAGGCAGGGAGAAGAAAGGUCUUGGGUAGAGAUAGCAUCUGAGCUGAACCUUGAAGAAAGCAAGGGAUUCUAAAAGGCAGAAGCAAAGAGGGGUGGGGAUGUUUCAGACAUGGUGUGGGAAAGAUGGAAUACUGUGGAUAGAGAGCAGCAACAAGACUGGCACAAAGUAUUAAAGAACAGUAUGAAUUAGAUAGGGUAAGAAAGGUUGGGAAGGGCUUUAAAUACCAGACUGAGAUUUGGUAUUUUAUACUAGAGCCAAUAGGGCACCACUUAAGAUAUUUGAAUAGGAAUGUAACAUGAUCAGAUCUAGGUAAGUCAGGACAGGGUGCAGGGAUGGAAUGUUCUUCCAGUAUGAAUCAAAUGGGAGGGAUAUGAAGGCAAAAACGAUUGCUUAGCAGCCAGUUAUGUAUGGGAGAUUGAUUCUGAGGUUGCAGACCUAGGUGCCUGGAAGAAUGGUGGUGCCCUCAACAGAAAUAGGAAAUUUGGAGGAAGUUGGGUUUUGAGGAAAACAAAGUAAGUUCCAUUUGGGAUAUGUUGAGUUGUUGAUAUGCCUAAAGGACUUCUAAGGGGAAAUAUCUAGCAAGUGCUGUGGGUAAUAUGAAUGACUUGAUAGUCCUGUCCUUGGAGUAGAAACCAGAGUUCACAUCCUGUUCCAUCACUUAAUAAUAGUGUCACUUCUGGGCAAGUCACUUGAUUUUAGAAGUUUCCUCCUGUAUAAGAUGGGAAUAAUAAUAGGAUCUACCCACUUGGGAGGACCAAAUGAAAUUAUGGAUAUAAAGCACUUGAAAAACUUAAUACCAUAUAAAUAUUAGCACUUAUUAAAGAGAGGGAGCAUAACAUAGUGGAUAGAAAGCCAGUCUUCAAGCUCAGGUAGACCUGUGACUAACACACAUUGACUUACUUUCCUAGGACUCUAAGCUAAUGGUACCAAACUGAUAUCCCUACAUAAGGAUCCCUGCAGACUUAUUGGCUUAGUUUUAAAAUGUAAAAUCCAUAUUUUAUUGUAUUUUUAUUUUGUUAAAUAUUCCUCGAUACCAUUUUAAUCUGGUUCCGCUUCCCUCCUUCCCCUCCCCCUUCCCCGACAAUGGCUCCACCAGUCACUUUUGUUCUGGGCUGCUCUUCAGUUUAAAAAUUGCAGGGAAGGGGCUAACCUUCUUUAGGAGAGAAGACCUUCAUGCCUUACAUGGGAGUUCUUCAGUCCUUAUACUAGUAGCCAGUAGUGUUAAGUAGUAUUGUGGGUCUAGAAUUCAGGAUGGAGCUUAGGUUAGAUAGAUACGGUUUGGUCUCAUCUGUCUAAAAGUAAUAAAUGAAUGAAAGGCGGACAGUGAGAUCACCAAGAGUAAGAAUGUGGGCCGAGAAGAGGACCCAGCAUAUUGUUUUGGAUGACACUUAGUGGCAGAAGAAAGAUGAUCCAGGGCAGGUAAUCCAGAAAAGGAAGAAGAAUUCGAAUCAAGCAGUGAGUACCACAUAAGCCAACAGGAAAGAGUCUAAGGGGAAAAGGUCUGAAUAGUGUUAAAAGGUACAGAGAGCUCAAAUGGUAUGAGCACUGAGAAAAGUCCAUGGAAUUAAGAAGUUCAGAAAUUGUUGAUGACCUCGGAGAAAGUGCUCAACAAAAUCAGAGGGGCAGAAGCCAGAAUGCAAAAGGUUGAGAAAUGAAGUGUGGGAAUGGAGAGAAUGAGUAUAAACAGCCCUUGGUAGGACCUUUGGCUGUGAAAAGAUAUGUAAAUUAAUAGCUUGAAGAAAUGUGAAGGUUAAGCAAAGGGUGUUUUUUUGAGGAUGAGAUAGAGGCAGAUUUAUAGAGGGCAGAUUAGGAGAUAGUAGUGAUGGUGGUACAAUCUUUGCUAAAAUCUUAAAGGAAUCACAAAGAGCCAGACUCGAUUGAGGUGUGGAGUGGCCCCUAUUUUCUUGGUAAAGUAGGUAAGGCACACUACUGAGAGGGAGGAAUCAAGAGAUAUGGAGGAGAGAGAGAGAAGACAAGUUUUGGAACAGCUUGGAGAGACCAUCAGGGAGAAAUAAAAGGGCUUGCCAUUCAGUAAAGCCAGCUGAAAUCUGAUCAUUUUAAUCUAUAUAUAUGAUAUUUCUCACUGACUUUCAACAGCAUUCAAGUAGGAAUCAAGUUCAAGAGUUGAAGUCCCUAGGCCAGCAGCUAUAGGACAAGAGAACAAAGAAAUUAAGAACAAAGGAUAGUAUGGAGUUGACCUUGUUAAGCCCUACAAAAGGAGAAACUUAAGACUAGAGCUGGAGAUAAUGAAUUCUGAGACUAAUAGGUUUAGGAGGGGUGAAGGAGGAGUGAUGGGAAGAUAGGUGGUUGUAAUCAAACAAAGGAAUUUCAGAUUUCUAGCUCCUGGAGGCAAAAGAAUUAUGGGUAAUGGUAACAUUAAAUGUAUGAUCCUCCCUGGGAGCUGCUGAAAUGGAGUGAAGGUCAUGGGAGUCAAGGUUAAUGAUUUGAUAGGGUGAGCCAAAUAUUAGUAUGCAUAGGGUUAUCAUGGUGUAUAGAGAGCACUGGACUUGGAGUCAGAAAGAUAGGUUCAAACCCUGCCUCAGAAAUUUCUAGUUCUGUAAUCCUAUACAAACCAUUUAACAUAUCUGAGGUUCUUCUAUAUAAUGGGGAUUUUAAUAGCACCUUCUUUGAUCAUAUUUUGAGAUUCAAAUGAGAGAAUGUCUAUAAAAAAGUUUUCAAACCUUAAAGCACUAUAUCAAUAUGAGCUAUUGUGAUUUAAACUCCCAAGAAUGAGACCAAGCUUUGGGGUGGAGUAGAAGACUGACAGCCAUUUGAUGAAAUCCUUGAGAAAGGAGGGAUAAUCACUUGAGUGCUGGUAGAUGAAUAGAACUAGGAAUUGUGUUCAGUUAAUAUGAAAUAAAUAUGGGACAUACAGAAUAA